AUGGAGUUGCUGCGUUUGCUUCUGUUCCUGUUUGCUGCUGCAGCAGCAGCAGCAGCAGCAGAGGAAGAGCGGGACCCACCCGGUGCGUCGGCAGACCCGGCGUCGCGCGCGUCCGCGCUCAGCGACAACUGCAGCAGCUGCAGCAGCUGCAGCAGCAGCAGCAGCAGCAGCAGCAGAAUCCCCUGCAAAGCAGCCCCCGAAGACGCCCUCCACGGCGACUUGCCCCGCAAAAGCGUGGGCUAUUACCUCCUUCGCAGGAGAGCCAAACGCAGCGAAAGGGAAAGGGGAAAUUCUCCUUCUUGGAAGUUGGUGGACCUCGAGCGCCUCGUGGCCCGCCUCAAGGGGGCUGCUGACAGUUCUGAGGCUUCGCUGCAGCUUCCUAGGGGGGACUGA